ACAGCGAUUCCGCUGUCUAAUUUAGACAGCGGGUUUUUCUCGUCAGAGUACUAGGCUUUAUUCUAAAAUAAGCAAAUGGUCUACCAAUUUCAGCAAGUUUAAAGUUGGGAGUGUGGUCACACUGAUUGAUAAAAACAAACAUUUUAAUAGAACGUAAAAGUUGGCAAAUAACAGGCGGGGAUUGCCUUGGACCAUGCCCAUUUCUGAGCAGCACAAGACGGGCCUCCAGGAUCUUCUUCUGAACGAGAGGAAUUCGUCGGUCUUGGUCCAGCUGGCCAAAGCAACUACCAAAAAUGUUUGCAAGAUCGAUGAUCCAGAGGAAGCCCUUGGACUCCUAGUGGCACACCUUCCGGACAUUUACAUACUGCUGUCGAAGCGCGCGAUUACCAGGGAAAUGCUGUUCAAGUACUUGACUGCAAGAGUGCCAGACCUAGCCACCGAUUUCACCAAGCCGGACCUAGUGACCAAAGUGAUCAACUACUGGGACCAAAAUGCUACCCAGAGUUCUUCCCCGUCCGCCAGCCAGGCUGUUGUCUCCGCCGCUGCAAUCCGUAGCGAGGAGGACUUUCCCAUUCACGCGAUUGCCCGAAAGUUUGGCGAAUGGUUCUUUGAACGCUUCAAUGCCAACAGUCUCAGCCUUGUGGACCUCUGGACGGACGCGACCCUACAUCUGACCAUCAUGGCCAGCGACGGGAUCAAUGAGCUGGAAUGCACGACGGCCGCAGAAGUGCUGGCCUCGUUAACCGGCGCCAAGCAGCAGUUCGGCUUUCACUUUAAUCCAAACUUAACGCACGCCGGCAUUCAGGGUCGCAUGGAUGCGUACGGUCAGGUCGUGGUGCUCUGCUGCGGUACCCUGCACUCAGCCGAGAGCAGCGUUGGAGUGUUCGAGUGCGCCUUCGGCCUGCUGCGGGACCCCUAUGCUGGCAACAACUGGAAGCCCAAGAGAAUCAAGUGCUUGCUGAAAAGCGAGCUGCGGCCCCCCGAGCUGCACAGCCUGUGCUCGAGCGAGACCCUUCAGGAAGCCCUGGCUCUGCCAAUGCCCAACGACGACCUGGACUCGGAUGCCGUCAAUUAAAGACUGUUAUUGAACCAGCAUUAGUACGUGCGUGUGUUUACACAGCGAGAUUAAGAAGAAUAGGACUCACCUGAGGAUCACCUUCCCCCACUUGGUAAUUACCAAAUUGCCAGCUCACGAGAGGCAGCGAAAGGCAAUCGACCCUUGCAGUCACCGAUGAAAGAACGAAGCUGGAAGUUUAGAGAAAAUAGGACAUUAAUGUUUAGUGAGUUUGGAGGAGAGGCUCCAACUGUGACAGGUAGUCGGACAGUUGAAGCCAUGUGCCUGAUUGAUGCUUUCUUCGACAAGCCGAAGUCUUUAUUCUGUUCCUGGUAAGGACAGCUACACAUAUUUUGAAAUAAUAAUAAUAAUGUAAAGUAAUUAUUUAUGAUCAUUAGACUGUUGUAAUAAAAAACCGUUGGUUCCUAA